AUGCCUCCCAGUGGCUCUUCGUUCACAUCUUUGAAUCUCCCAUCGGCGUUUACCCUCCCGCGAUGCAUGGAAUACUUCACUGUUACUGCGGGUCCCAAUACGGAUCUUUGGCGCAAACCCGGUGCCCGUGACACCGCCACCGCUCCAAUCGUCUUCACCUCCCUCCGACGCCGGUUCGAGGUCGCAGAGGUGACGGUGACCGCGGACUGGGAGAUGGAAUGGGACCAAGGCGGGCUAGUGAUCUUCGCCGGGGCGGCACCGCAGUCAUCAGAGGAUGGACCGGUGCACCCCACGCCCCAUGCCCCGUCCUCCGCUCGCCCCGGCAAAUGGGUCAAAGCCGGCAUGGAGUUCUGCUCCGGGACGAUGAAUGUCUCCAGCGUGAGCGCCACGGUCGACGGCGCCGACUGGUGCGCCUCGCCGUUAUCGUCCCCGGAGCACGGUCCUGCGACGGUGCACUCGCUGCGCAUCAAGCUGGAGCGCGUCGGCCAUGCCCUUUGGAUCUGGUACCAGGUGCCCGCCGUCGCGGCGCCGUAUGCGAUGAUGACGUCGGGCGCGCUGCCCAGUGGGAUGUGGCGCAAGCUGCGUGAGGUGACCUGGUUCUUCUACGGGGUCGAGGACAAGUUCGUGCACGUGGGCGUGUACGCCAGUCGCCCGAACCGGCUGUCGCGCAGUGCGACGAUGUGGGAGAUGAUGAACGGGGAUGGGACGGAUGGGACGGGGGCGGUGGAUGGAUUGGUGGUCGAGUUCGAGGAUCUGGAGAUUUCUUAG